GUCGCUCCCAUGGCAACCCAGGAGCCUGCACUCCCGGCUCCUCACUGAACUCAUCGUGGGCCUGGUUCUAGGCUGGGCUCUAACGCCGAGCCCACGACGUUUGGGGCGGCCCAGCCACGAUGCCCAGUGAAACUCUCUGGGAAAUUGCAAAAGCUGAAGUGGAAAAAAGAGGGAGUAAUGGAACUGAAGGUGAUGGAGUUGAAAUUGGAGAAAAAUCUGUUUUCUUCAUUGGCAGUAAAAAUGGGGGAAAGACUACCAUUAUUCUAAGGUGUCUUGACAGAGAUGAGCCACCAAAACCAACCUUAGCUUUGGAAUAUACGUAUGGAAGAAGAGCAAAAGGGCAUAACACACCAAAAAAUAUUGCACACAUUUGGGAAUUGGGUGGAGGAACUUCUUUAUUGGACUUAAUCAGCAUACCAAUCACAAGUGACACCUUACGGACAUUCUCCAUUGUUCUUGUGUUGGAUCUUUCAAAACCUAAUGACCUUUGGCCCACCAUGGAAAAUCUACUGCAAGCCACAAGGAGCCAUGUAGAUAAAGUGAUGAUGAAACUGGGAAAGACAAAUUCUAAAGCAGCUUCUGAAAUGAGACAGAAGAUGUGGAGUAAUAUGCAGAAGGACCAUCCAGAUCGUGAAUUAAUUGACCCAUUUCCAAUACCUCUGGUCAUAAUUGGAAGUAAAUACGAUAUUUUUCAGGAUUUUGACUCUGAGAAGAGAAAAGUAAUAUGCAAGACACUUCGAUUUGUUGCACAUUAUUAUGGAGCGUCAUUAAUGUUUACCAGUAAAUCAGAAGCUCUAUUACUAAAAAUACGUGGAGUUAUCAACCAGUUGGCAUUUGGCAUUGACAAAAGCAAAUCAAUAUGUGUGGAUCAGAAUAAACCACUGUUUAUCACAGCAGGAUUGGAUUCUUUAAGUCAAAUAGGAUCUCCUCCUGUUCCUGAUAAUGACAUUGGAAAGCUACAUGCCCGCUCACCAAUGGAGUUGUGGAAAAAAGUGUAUGAAAAGCUCUUUCCACCAAAGAGUAUCAACACACUAAAAGAUAUCAAGGACCCCGCACGAGAUCCUCAGUAUGCUGAAAGCGAAGUUGAUGAGAUGAGAAUUCAGAAGGAUCAGGAACUGGAACAAUACAAAAGAAGUUCUUCCAAGUCUUGGAAACAAAUUGAGCUUGAUUCUUGAACCUAAUUCAACUAUUGUGUAUUUAUUUCUUCUUUCCCAAAUACAAGUAAGAUUAUUUUAUUAACUAUGGCAAUAUGUGGCAAUAUGUGAAGAAAGUUAAAAUGUGUAAUUUGUUAAAAGCUGAAUUUUUCGUACUAGUGCAACUCCCUGGGUAUUUUGAAAUCUUUUAAUGGGAAGAAAAAUUGUGUAACCACAUGUAAUAUUUUUUAAAAAUAAAAGAAUCUUCUACUACCUA